AGGAGUCUCCCGCUCUUUCGUGGACAUAUAAAGGAGGGUUUGCGCUCUUUCAGCCACACUUUCUCUGCGUUUGUCAGAAAAAUCCACUAACAGUCACCAUGUCAGGACGAGGCAAAACCGGCGGAAAAGCCCGCGCAAAGGCAAAGACCCGCUCCUCUCGUGCCGGACUCCAGUUCCCGGUCGGUCGUGUUCACAGGCUGCUGCGCAAAGGCAACUACGCCCAGCGUGUUGGUGCCGGCGCCCCCGUCUAUCUGGCGGCCGUGCUCGAGUACCUGACCGCUGAGAUCCUGGAGCUGGCUGGAAACGCCGCCCGCGACAACAAGAAGACCCGUAUCAUCCCGCGCCACCUGCAGCUGGCCGUCCGCAACGACGAGGAGCUCAACAAACUCCUGGGCGGAGUGACCAUCGCUCAGGGCGGCGUGCUGCCCAACAUCCAGGCUGUUCUUCUGCCCAAGAAGACCGAGAAGGCCGCCAAGUCCAAGUAAACCACAACAAGGCCACAAACAAACAAAAGGCUCUUUUAAGAGCCACACACACACUCACUCUGACUAACUGCUCAUCCUCUUUAAAACACAACACAACUCUUGUGAGAUUACGUCAUAAACCGCUUAGUCAUUAAUAAAUGAUAAAUAUGUAUGAUACACUGUAAAUCUGCAUCUUCAGUCUUUUUACUACAUAUUUAACAUUGUUUCACAAAAUAAUAUUAUGACGCCUCUGUGGAACACUGUUGUGAUUCUCUCUACAGGUGAAAAUAUUGCCCUGGUUACAUAUCAAAACUUUUAUUAAUAAUUCCACACAAUAACAAUUGUGUUAUUAGUAAACACAAUAGUUUGUAAUAAAUGAAUAGCAUAUGUGUUGAUUGUGGCUUUGUCUUUGUUGAUGUUUAUUAAUAAUAAUAAUGACAUCGUCAACAUUGAAUGUCAAAUUACUCUGGAAAUAAAUGACUCACUGUUAUGACAGUAACUUAUGUUUCUUCACUUAUGACAUUUGUACUGAAAGUCAUAUUUUAUUUAUUCCUCUCACUGUUGUUGCAAAGCUAAUGACUUGUUUUAAACUCUCAUGCAACAAUAGUUACAUUAUUUCAUGUGUGACCAUCUCAACAUGUGACACAGUGAUUGUUAGUGUCAGUCAUCAGUCUAUGAUGUUAAAUAUGAGACUCUGCUUUUGAAAAUAAAACAUUACAAAAU